UCAUAUCUCUAUAGUUUGACGCAACGGAAGAUAAGGGAAGGAAACGGGCCACGCGGCUUCCGGUGGAAGUGAGGCCCUGUGGUUCCGGCCGGCGUGAGUGAGCGAGUUUGGCUGUUUUAAGAUGGCGGCUGCGGCGGGCUUGGAGUUCCAGCGCGCCCAGUCUUUGCUGAGCACUGACCGUGAGGCCUCUAUUGGCAUCCUGCACUCUAUAGUGAAACGUGAUGUCCAGGAGAAUGAUGAAGAGGCAGUACAAGUCAAAGAGCAGAGCAUUCUGGAACUGGGGAGUCUCUUGGCCAAGACGGGUCAGGCAGAAGAACUUGGAGGACUGCUGAAAUAUGUGCGCCCUUUCUUGAACUCCAUCAGCAAGGCAAAGGCAGCCCGCCUGGUUCGGUCCCUGCUAGAUCUUUUUCUAGACAUGGAGGCAGCGACAGGACAAGAGGUUGACCUGUGUCUUGAAUGCAUUGAAUGGGCCAAAUCAGAGAAGAGGACAUUCCUGCGCCAAGCUCUGGAGGCAAGGCUGGUCUCUUUGUACUUUGACACUAAAAGGUAUCAAGAAGCAUUGCAGUUAGGCUCACAGCUUUUGCGGGAGUUGAAGAAGAUGGACGACAAGGCACUGUUAGUGGAAGUGCAGCUGCUAGAGAGCAAGACCUAUCAUGCCUUGAGCAACCUGCCAAAAGCAAGAGCAGCAUUAACCUCUGCCCGAACCACAGCCAAUGCAAUCUAUUGCCCACCCAAGCUGCAGGCGGCUCUGGACAUGCAAUCAGGCAUCAUUCAUGCAGCAGAAGAAAAGGACUGGAAGACAGCAUAUUCUUAUUUUUAUGAGGCUUUUGAGGGUUACGAUUCCAUCGACAGCCCCAAAGCUAUCACGGCAUUGAAAUACAUGCUGCUGUGCAAGAUCAUGUUGAACUCGCCUGAAGAUGUGCAGGCAUUGGUGAGCGGGAAGCUUGCAUUGCGGUAUGCAGGGAGACAGACAGAAGCUCUAAAAUGUGUGGCACAGGCCAGUAAGAAUCGAUCACUGGAUGACUUCAAAAAGGCUCUGAAAGAUUAUAAGGUGGAACUCAGGGAUGACCCCAUUAUCAACACACAUUUGGGUAAACUCUAUGAUAACUUAUUGGAACAAAACCUGAUCCGGGUCAUUGAGCCUUUCUCCAGAGUGCAGAUUGAACACAUAUCUAGCCUUAUCAAGCUGUCAAAGGCGGAUGUGGAAAGGAAACUCUCUCAGAUGAUCCUGGACAAGAAAUUCCACGGGAUCCUUGACCAAGGUGAAGGCGUCCUGAUUAUUUUUGAUGAACCGCCUGUAGACAAAACAUAUGAAGCUGCCCUGGAGACCAUUCAGAAUAUGAGUAAAGUAGUGGAUUCAUUAUACAACAAAGCCAAAAAGCUAACAUAGAGUUGGGAACUGUUGGCUGUUGCUUUGGAGAGUUGGUGCGUGAAACCUUUGGGGGGAGGGACAAAAGGCUAGAAGACUGGUGGGGUUUUUUUGUUCCCCACCCCCCUUUUGCUCUACUUCUCACUCGGAAAGUUUUAAGACUUCCUCAUCUGAUCCAUCUUGUCUAUACAAUUGUGUGUUCCAGUUUCCAUGUAACCUUUUACCUGCUGAACUUUGUACUGGGAUGGGGAAAUAAUAAUGUUUAAAAAAAGAGUUUCUUGUGGGUGGGGGGAAGGCAGCAGUGGCAGUAUCCUAAAUAAAAGGAGAGAGGCUUAUGCUACCUUAAAAAAAAUGCAUCCCAUUUUCUUGAGGGUGGCAGAGGGGUGGGCUAAGUCUUUUUGUCACUGGUAGGAACCCAGCCACCAAAGGCUGCUCCAUACAUUAACAAAAUUCCUACACAGAAGGCGUUUCCCAUGUACGCUCUAGGAUAACAUGACUGUACACAUGUGUACAUGCACUGGGAAGCCAUGGCUGAUAGCAGCUUCUCAGCGUGUGCAUGCACAGCAAAAAAAAAGAGUUGUUGUAUGUGGAUUUCCCACAAACUCCCUCCAUAGUAUUGCAUUCCAUGUAGGAAUUUUGUCAUCUGUGAAGUGGCCAGUUAGAAAGCGGGAGCUAUCUUAACCUUGUGUUCAGAACACAGAGACUUCAGGCAGCCAAAGUGAGACCAGUUUGCUAAUCCACAAGAACCUUCACACUACUGAAGAAUCAGUUAAGAAUAGGCCUCCAGCAAUAUUAAAACCUCAGAGUUGAAUUCUGAGGCCUUAACAUGCAGGAGCCCGCUUGAAUAAUUUUUUUCAUGGUCAUAAAAGGACAAGAGAUUGCCACAGUCACUUUUGAACAGUGGCUCUGAAGGUUUCCUGGUUCUGUACUGCAUGCUGUUUGUUCUUUAUUUUUUAAAAAGGUUAGAAUGUACUUGCCUUUUAACUUCACAACAAGAUAUGCUGUUGGAAGAACUGGACUUCUGUUCUCUACAACGUUAACUUUUUUAAGAAUCACAGAUGGAUCUUAUUUUCAGCUGGCUGUUUUUGGGCCACCCAGAGGCUUUUUAAACUUUUUGCCACCCCUUGAACAUCCAGAAUGAGACAGAUGAGCCCAUUUAGGCUGAGGUCAUGGCUGCACAUUACACCAGCCAUGGAGGUGCCAUCAAAAACUGCAUUCCUAUGGCAAAUUCUUCCCCGUCCCUGUAUUUACAUCUAGGAGGAUUUGUUAUGUGAUGCAGUGUUGGUGCACUGAGUUUCCCCACCACCAGCAAUCAGCGGUGUGGACUGGGGCAGGGAAGAUUGCAAUGAGGUGAGCACUCCGAAACUAGCUUGUCAAUUGUGGUGGUCCCAGGCCAAAUCUGGCCUCCUGAAGCCGUCAGCUUGGAGACGAGAGGAUGUAUAUGGCGGAAACAGUGGCAGCGGCAUUUUCUAGCAGUCCACUGUGGGGAAUAGUGAGGGGAGAGAGAACCUGGUUUAGCGCUCCACUACCGUCUCAAAGUGAUCUUUCAGGAAAACGUUUUAUUGAUCCUAGACUGCUCAGCAGGUAGGGGGAGAACUUGCCACUUCGACAUCAUUUUUAGUGGCACCCCUGUGGCAGGUGUAAGCUAUGUGGUUCAUCUCCAGGACUAGUUCUGUUGCAAUCCAGGGGAACGUUAGGGUGGUGUUCUUGUGUGGGAGAGGCAGGGGGCUAUCAACCCGGGCGUUAUGUCAUUGAAUGAUGAAGUUAUAUUUAAGGUGUUAACUGCAAUCGGAGUAGUGCAACCUUCUGCAUCACUGACCUCAUCUUCCAUUUCCUUAUAUGGUUUCUCACACUACUUUAUUUUGUAAAAUGAUACUCCUAUACCACAAAAUAUUUUGGCAUUUGCAUGAAAUCUCUUAACUGGCUGAAUCUUGCUUUUUCCCCUCUGAUGCUUUCCCUUUAUUUUAUCGUUCCGGCACUCUAAUGUUCUUUAACUUUAUCUCUGUCUCAGCCAGUCCAGAUGUUCUGGGGAGGUGAUUUUUAUUUUCAUUUUAUUUGGUCUUGGGGAGGGUUUUGGCACCAUGAAUUUAAAUGUACAAAUGGUUCACGCUAACACACACCAGGUAUAUCUGAUGUUCAGAUGGCAUACAAAUAAACCUUUUUCAAAAA